CCUGGGAGGGGUGCUGGACAGUGCUCGGUGUAACCCUGGGUGAAAAUCUCAAAAUUCCCACUUUCUGCAAGUCCCUUGAAUGCACCACACACACACCUCACAGGUCACAUGUUUCCCAUGACCAAUCCAAGGUAUUGGAGGGAAAGUUACCUGCGACCUCACUUCCUCUCCAGUCAGUUGUGUGGGGAGAGGAGCUGAGGGAGCAGCAGUGCACAGAUCUCUGCCUGCCUGGAGCUUUGGAUUGGGGGACUUUGUCAGGACAUGUGCCUGUGUGAAGGGAAUUGGCCAGGUGUCCUACUCUGAAUUGAGUAGUGGAUGGCGAGCCAGUGGUUCAGCGGCCAGGAGCCUGAAGAGACCCCCUCAGUUCCCAAAUAAAUUGUCGGGUAGGAGGCUGGUGCAGCCUGCUCUCUUGCCCCCACCUACUCACUCCUCCAUUACACCACUUUCCCCAAUAUUCACAUUCACUCUGGACAUUUGCGCUUUCGCCAAACCCCACCACUGCAAUAAUUCAUAUAUGGACAAUUGGUGGUGAAAAAUGGACCCCGAGUGAGAAGAAACCCGAUACCUGCUGGACUCUGAAUUUAUUUUCUUUAUUUUGAGUUACUUAGUUUGUUUGCUCGUUCACUGUAAAUAUUUUGGGUUGUUUGUUUAAUAGUUCUGUUUUGUUGUCACAUUUAAUAUAUUAUGCUUGCACUUAAAACUUACCUGGUGUUGUGUUUUACUGUCCUCCGCCCUCCAGUAGUCGAACCCAGAAUCUUUUGACUAGCCCGCUUAAUAUACUCACCUCAGUGGUGAUAAAUUAUCAUAACGUAACCGAAAUAUCUGUUACAUUUUUGGCGAGCCAGCCAGGAGGGUGAAAGGUACAGUAAUCUGUUCAACUGUUUAUUCCUACUCACCAAUUCUUGUGUCACAACAUGGAAACAUUUGAAUCCCUUGGUGUAAAAAUCCCAAAUGCAAUUUUGGUUGAUGGCAUCACAGAGUCUGAUUCAUGUGACAGUAUUCUUACAUUCCUUGAGUCAUAUGGUGCGAUAAAACAACACCUCAUAAUAAAUGAUCGAGAUUCAGAUUAUUUUGGCCGACUAGUAGUUGAAUAUGAGUCCGGUUCAGCUUUUGCGAGUUUUCCAUCCUUACCAUAUACUUACAAACCGGGUAAAGGCAAUAAAUUCUUUAUUGAGAGUCUGUCUGACAUUUAUGCUUCAGAGGGUUGUGCCACAAAAACUGAAACCUUUAUGAGGGAUGCGAAGAAUAUGGCUAAACUGUCUGGGAAGGAAUAUGGAGAAAUUCUCCAGGAAAUGUUAUCGCAGAUUCAGAAGUCAAUCGCUGAUCUCGACCGUCCUGCUGCAGAUGUCGAUGCUGGUGGUGCAGAACAGUCAACCCCCUCGGUAUCAGUAAACCCCUCACAAUCUACUGCGGUGCAUGCUACCUCUGCUUCCAGGCCCAGCUUUGUUCCUCAUGCUGAGAGUACCCAGAGGGAAGAAAGGCGAUCUACAACAAACGUGACUGCCAGCGAUCUCACCCCUCCGGAAGUGCAGCGCUACGUGGUGGAACAUGUUGUGAGGAGUGGAGACGGCGCACAUUCAUCCCAUCGGUUCCGAACAUUCUCUGGGAAAGUGCCAAGGCCAGCGCAUGAGACUGACUAUGAUACCUGGAGAGCUGGUGUUGAGUUAGUCCUGAGAGAUCCAGCCAUUUCAGAUCUGCAACGCACCAGAUUGAUCCGGGAUAGUCUGCUGCCCCCUGCUGCGGAUAUUGUGAAACAUCUUAGUCCCGACACUUUGCCAUGGGUGUACCUACAACAACUGGAAUCUGCAUAUGGAACUGUGCAAGAUGGAGAUGAACUGUAUGCAAAGUUCCUUGAUACUUACCAGGAUGCGGGUGAAAAACCAUCUACUUACCUGCAGCGACUCCAAGUGGCCUUGCAGCAUGCGGUGAGAAGAGGAGGAGUUUCUGAAAGAGAUGUUGACAAGCGGUUGCUGACCCAAUUUUGCCGAGGAUGUUGGGAUAACAACCUUCUUGUUGAAUUGCAGCUGAAGCAGAAAAAGAGUAAUCCACCUCCAUUCGCCGAACUUUUACUACUCCUUCGUACAGAGGAAGAUCAAGACGCCACGAAGAACAUGAGAAUGAAGCAGCAUUUGGGUGCAACAAGGCAAAAAGUUACCAGUCACUCACAAGUUGUACGAGCUGAAGAGGAACCCAACCUGUGUUCUACCAUCAUGUCCUUUACAAAGCAGUUAACUGAACAGAUGGCUGCCAUUCAGAAACAACUCGCAGGCCUUACUGCAAGUCAGGCCAGAAUGGUGCCACACACUGCUAUGAAGACCUUUAAGGGACCAAGGGCCAGCAAUCCGAAGUCUACUCCAUCAAAGCCAGGUUUCUGUUUCCGCUGUGGAGAAGAUGGACACAUUAAGCCACAAUGUGAAAAUCCUCCAAAUUCAUCCCUAGUGAGUGUCAAAAGGAAACAGUUUAGUGAUAAACAAAAGUGGCAACACCCACGCACUUCUGGACAUUUAAACUAGUUUCAGCUCCUGCUGAGGGACAAUCAGGAGCUGUGUUGGACAAAACCUGUCCCACACCAAGAAAACCUGUCCAGUGUGCAGAGAUGAAGUCCGACCUGAAAGUGAAGAAGAGGUUGCCUAAGGGAUUAGUUGGUUCCCGGUGUAUGGCGGAAAUUGAUGUUGCCGGUCAUACUUGCCUGUGUCUUCUUGAUACCGGAUCACAGGUAACCACCAUCCCUGUGUCAUUCUACAAUGAACACCUAUCAGAUCGACCCAUUCAUUCACUGAGUGAGCUACUCCAUAUCGAAGGUGCCGCAGGUCAAAGUGUUCCUUACCUUGGAUAUGUUGAGACUACAGUAACAUUCCCAGAAGAUUUUCUUGGGUCUACUAUUGUAAUUGACACUCUGGCACUUGUAGUUCCAGAUGUCAGACCCAGUUUGCCUACUUCAAUGUUAGUUGGCAUGAACACUCUUGAGGUUGCCUAUGAGCAGUUCUGCAGCAGUGGUUCUCAUGCUUUCCAGCCAAGUUCACAUAGCUACAGAGUCGUCCUGCAAACUCUCCAGCUGAGACACCAGAGCAAGGCUGAGGAUCAUAUUGGGCUUGUCACAUUGUGCAGCAAGACACCUGUACUUGUUCCAGCAGGUUGCACUAUUGUGGUCAAAGGCUCAGCCAAGGUGUCCGCUCCCACAACCAGUCAGUCUGCAAUCAUUCAGCACCCGGAUUCAGGCCUGCCGGGUGGCUUGUGUGUGAGCAGCUGUUUGGUUGCAAUGCCAUCCCACUCACCCCACAUAGUUCCUGUUGUGGUGACAAAUGAGUCGGAGCAGGACGUCUGCAUUUCUCCAUUCUUGGUGAUUGCAGAACUUGGCACAUACGAAUGUACA